GCGGAGAAGGGAAGGAGUCCGGCAUGGCCGCAGCCUGCAAAAGGAUCGCCAUCUUCGGCGCCACCGGCAUGACUGGCCUGGCCACCCUGGCGCAAGCCGUCGAGGCUGGCUACCAGGUGACGGUGCUGGUGCGGGACCCAGUCCGGCUGCCGCCAGAGCCCCACCCGGCGCAGGUGGUGGUGGGGGACGUCCUGAACCCGGCGGACGUCGACCGAGCCGUGAAGGGGCAGGACGCCGUGAUCGUCAUCCUGGGCACCCGCAAUGACCUCAGUCCUACCACCAUGAUGUCUGAAGGCACCCGGAACAUUGUGGCGGCCAUGAAAUCCCACGGCAUCCGCAAAGUCGUGGUUUGUCUCUCAGCCUUCCUGAUGUGGGACCUGGACAAGGUGCCGGCCAAGCUGCGCCCAGUGACCGAGGACCACAUCCGGAUGCAGCAGAUCCUCAAGGAGUCGGGGCUGGACUGCGUCUACGUCAUGCCCCCCCACAUCGCAGGUGACCAGCCGCUCACCGGCGACUACACGGUGACCGUGGACACGUCCAGCGGCUCCAGAGUCAUCUCCAAGCACGACCUCGGGCAUUUUUUCCUCAAGUGCCUGGCCACCUCCGAGUACGACGGGAAGAACGUCUACCUCUCCAGGCACUACCCCAAGGAAUGAGGCCGGCCGGCCACCACCGCCCUGAUGGCCUCUCUCUGCCUCUGCGGAGGUCAAGGAUGAAGCCUUGUCCCAUUGACAAAAGGGAAAUUCUCCAUCGCUGAUGCCGCCCCCUCCACCCGCCCCUCUCUGCCUCGUGUGCUAUGAGUGCCUUUCUCCCCUUAACAUGAGCCAUGGGGGGGUGAGCUGCCCACCCCGCGCCCUCCGUGCCACAAAGGCUCCUUGACUGGGUUGCUGCAUGCCUGUGUUUUCCUGUGUUCAACAGCGGCUGUGCUUGUCCCGCUCUCCCCCGCCAGUGUCCUUGUGCAGUGAUUUGAGCCGCUAUGUUCUCCCCGCCACAUCCCAAGAGAAGGGAGCGAGGCUAGGGGGUCCCUGGGGAACGAGGCGCUGCUUGCUUGGUCCAAGAAGUCUCUUAUUGGGGUCAGGAAUGUGUCAGCUUCAGGAGGACACAGAACUAUUGGGCAGAAUAGCAGCCUGAGUGGCCAGGACCCAUCGGAAGGGAGUGAGGUUUUUGUAUUGUAAGACAUUAUUUAGCUGAAAAGGGAUUGAUAGAUGUAUUAAAUGGUAAGAUUACUAGUCGUUACAAAGCAGUCUGGAAUGGGAGUGGCUAAAUCAUAAAGUAUUUGCAUUAAUGUUAAUGGGUAACCUUGCUCUCUCUCUAUGGCUAUGGAACAUCCUUCCCUCUUCCUUGCUGAAGAGUUCUGUGUAACGGGAAAGCUUACAUACUUGUUAACAAAAGUUAAUCAAAUAAAAAGUAUAUUUUGACCUA